AUGCAGCAUUAUGAAUCUGACGAGGCUUCUAACGGAGAACGACCGCCGCUCUCUUUCAACAACUCCAGCCCGUUACCCGUGGCUCCUUCACGGGUAAGGAGAUUCGCUCAGGAGAGGCGAGCGCUCCCUCAGCCGAGAGUGAUGGUGGUAUUCUCGGCCGCAAGUGAGAUUGAUAAACCAGGCGAUGCAAUGUCGAGUUCGGACUCUGCGGUGGAUGAUUUCCGAAAGCCAGCCACCCCCGCACCGAACCUAAAUCUGGGCAGGUCUCUUCGCACCACCUUUAACGCAUCUCCAUCUCCAGAGGUAAGGACGAGAUGGGCGUUUGUUGUUGUUUAUUCUGGGAACGUUGUGGGGAUUAAAUUGGUUUAGGACGUGAGUGCAGUGGUGGCCAUGGAUAUAUAAACUGUCAUAAACGUCGCUUUCGCUGAGAAGCACCUCUUUAUCUUUGCACCCUAGUCUGUGCAAUUUAGCAUUAUUUUUGACCGUUUCUUUCCCACGCGUUCCACCUCUGUAAAUUAUAGGCUAUGGAUCAAUCUCCACAGGCAACAGCAUAAACCAUGUAGUUCUUCUUCCAGUGUGAUCUUUACCCUGAUUGGUUCACACCCCACACAGAGGGCUGGCUCCCUGUCCCAAUUGGCUCUUAUCACAUGGCUGUUAUUAUCUGUGACAGCCCCUUGCUGGGAUUGACCUUCUUUAAUCGUGUCUAGGGAAACCCUUGCCUACGGUGUCAUGUCCAGUGACUGUCACUUGUGUUGAUGGGCCCAAUAUGUCCUGUCAAGAUCUGCCCUGUGAUUAGUAUAGUAUCCUCACUAAUCCCAUCAUGUUAUUGCUGGUGUUAUUAUGCUACUGUGGAGCAUCUGCAGAGGAAGAUUAGAGGGAAACAAAAGACAAUGACAUUAUAGUUAUUUAUUGUUGAGGAGUUCUAUAUUUGCACAUCACAGGAAUAUUGGUCUAAUGUUAUACAAAAGUAAUGUCAUUUUUUCAAUUCAUGAUUAUGGUGUCAAGAAUGCAAUAUAAAUGAAAAAUAUACACAUUUUUUUACAAAAAUAAGUGUACUGUAUUUUAUGUACCGAUUUUCCAAAAUGGAUAAUGCACUUUUUCCUGAUUUUAUCCAAUCACCUGUAGUUUCCUGAGGUUAUUUCUCUCAACGUUGGCGGGACCUACUUCACCACCCGUCUGUCCACGUUACGGCGCUAUGAGGACACCAUGCUCGCCGCCAUGUUUAGUGGACGCCAUCACAUCCCACUUGAUGCUGAAGGUCACUUCUUCAUUGACCGGGAUGGGGCAUAUUUCGGGUGAGCUCUCUUCAAAUAGCCUGCAGCAAAACAUGCUUAUUACAUGCUAAUAAUAGUGAGUGAGCAUGCCAGUCCCUUGUUCUACAACACAUUUGACAUGAAAGCGCCAUUAACAGGUUGACUGACAAAAUGGCAAGGUAGGCUAUCCAAGUCUAGACAAGGUUGAAUGAACAGAUUAUUGAGGAUAGUGGAUGCAAUUUUAACAAAAAACAACGUGUGUGUUUGCGUGUUUGCAUGUCCCUUGUAUAGGGACAUCCUGAACUUCCUGCGCGAGGGUGAACUACCUCAGAGGGAUCGUGUGAGGGCAGUACACAGGGAGGCCCAGUACUAUGCUAUUGGUCCCCUGUUAGACAGCCUGGAGGACACUCAGCCACUCACAGGAGAGAAAGUCCGCCAGGCCUUCCUCGACCUCCUGCCCUACUACAAGGGUAACCAGCACUCUAAUCUCACACACUGAAUUUAACUGGGUCAUUUGACCAGCUAACCUUAUUACAGAUGGUAAUGUCGCAACAACAUGCUUACUUUUAAGUGGCAUUGACUAUUGAAGUUAUUUACAUAUUCAAAGUUUCUACUUCAAUAAAGUAGAAAUGUGUGAAGUAAAUGGAAAUGUGUCAAUUAACUCCUUUAGAAAAGUUAGAACUUGAGUGAAGUAAGUUAUCCCUUGUUUUGUUUCCAGAUAAUCUACAGCGCAUCGUGGAGAUCGCCAAGCUGCGGGCCAUGCAGAGGAAGGCUCGCUUCGCCAAGCUGAAGAUUUGUGUGUACAAGGAGGAGAUGCCCAUCACGCCGUACGAGCGGCCGCUCUUCAACUCGUUGCGCUUCGAGCGCACGGAGAGCGAGGCUAAGCUGUUCGAGCACCACUGUGAGGUGGACGUGUCGUUCGGGCCCUGGGAGGCGGUGGCGGACGUUUACGACCUGCUCCACUGCAUUGUCAGUGACCUGGCGGAGCGUGGCAUCACUGCCGACCAGCAGUGCAUUGGUGUCUGUGACAAACACCUCAUCAACCACUACUACUGCAAGAGGCCCAUCUACGAGUUCAAGAUCACAUGG